UGUAAGUCUUUGAUUGAAGAUUACAUUCAAAAUUCUCCACUUGUUGACCGCCUUACAAUGGCUAUGGAGCGCAAGGUAGCUCCCAUAAAUGAGGAAUAUUUUGAUGUAAUUGCUGAAGCAGCCUUGAUGAUUACAUCAAAUAUUGACAAUCAUAUUGGUCCCUUGAAGAGUUGUACCAUUCGACACUUGCCUGAGAGUUGUGCAAGUGCGGAUGUUGUGGGGUGGUUGAGGAAAUUACUGGAAAAAGGGGUGAUUAAGGUUUCAAUAGAACGUGAAUCUUGUGAUUAUCAUAACGGAGGAAUAUCAGACAUGGAUGUAAAGCUUUCUGCAUCAACCAUUGAUUUACCAUUUGAGGUUUUCUCCAAUUUAAGGUUCUUGAGUUUAAGAACUACUGUUUGCAGAACAAGUCACUAA